AUGCUAUUGCCAAAUCGCAUCCCGAUUGCCCCUUCUCCCCUCAGGAGCCCCACCGGCCGCCGCGCCGCCGCCGCCGCCGCCUACUCUAUCCCCGACGAUUCCCUCUCCUCCCGCGGCUUCACACUCCACCGCAGCACCGAGAAUCUCAACCUGGACCACCUCAACUCCGUCUUCUCCGCCGUCGGGUUCCCCCGGCGCGACCCGGAGAAGAUCCGGCUGGCCCUGGACCACACCGACGCGGUGCUGUGGGUGGAGCACGAGAAGACGCGGCGGCCGGUGGCGUUCGCGAGGGCGACCGGAGACGGGGUGUUCAACGCCAUCAUAUGGGACGUGGUGGUGGACCCCAGCUACCAGGGGAUCGGCCUCGGGAAGGCCGUCAUGGAGCGGCUGCUGGCGGAGCUCCUGGAUAAGGGGAUUACCAACAUCGCGCUCUAUUCGGAGCCCCGAGUGCUCGGGUUUUACCGCCCACUCGGGUUCGUGGCCGACCCGGAUGGGAUAAAGGGGAUGGUUUAUUCCAGGAAGCGGAAAAAUAAAUAA